AAAUCGACAUCGUUAAGAAGGCUCGCGGCAGCGGAUCGGAAGCCGGAAGACACUGCCAAUAACCAGCUCGAUCAGCUCUGCUGCCUUGUAGUGUGCCAGUAUCUUGGUCAGCGAACAGGCGACGCGGCCAUGACGAUGUUCAUCAGAGCCUUGCAGUUGGCUCUCAGGCAGAAGAAGAGCAGGAUCAUUGGGCCAGGAUCAUCAGGCUUCGUCGCCAGUGCCUUCUCCUCCUCGGCUCCGAGCUCGCAGAGUCAGCAGAGGCUGGCCGGGAAGGUCGCCGUCGUCACCGGUGGCGCCAGCGGCAUCGGCAAGGCGACCGCCGCCGAGUUCGUCAGGAACGGCGCCAAGGUGGUCAUCGCCGACAUCCAGGACGACCUGGGACACGCCGUGGCCGCGGAGCUCGGUGGCCCGGGCGUGGUGUGCUACACCCGCUGCGACGUCGCGGACGAGGCGCAGGUCGCCGCGGCCGUGGACCUCGCGGUCGCCCGGCACGGGCACCUCGACGUCAUGUUCAACCACGCCGGCAUCGGGGGCGACCCGAGGCCGCCGCCGCCGCUGGGCGCCGUGGACCUCGCGGACUUCGACCGCGUGAUGGCGAUCAACGCGCGGGGCGUGCUGGCGGGUCUCAAGCACGCCGCGCGCGUCAUGGUCCCGCGCCGCCGCGGCAGCAUCCUCUGCACGGCGAGCGUCGCCGCGCUGGUGGGCGGCGUGGCCACCCCGGCGUACGGCGCGUCCAAGGCGGCGGUGCUGGGCCUGGUGCGCACCGUGGCGGCGGAGCUGGCGCGCUCCGGGGUGCGCGUGAACGCCAUCUGCCCCGCCGGCAUCAUGACGCCAAUGGGCCUGCAGAGCCUCCAGUCGUGGCUUCCCGGGAGGAGCGCCGAGGAGAUCAAGCGGAUGGUGGAGGUCGACUUCAACCCGAUGGCCGGGACGGUGCUGGAGGUGGAGGACAUCGCGAGGGCCGCCCUGUACCUGGCGUCCGACGAGGCCAAGUACGUGAACGGGCACAACCUCGUCAUCGACGGCGGCUCGUCGGUGAGCACGAGAGCCUAGUAAAGAUGCCGGCGCCACCAUGCCGACGGAGGUGAAGCAAAGGGUCAGUCAGCGGCGGAUUAAUUUCUUGGGCUAUUAUCACAAUAAACUGCGUUGUUUGUUCUCUCUCUCGCGCACUCUCUCUCUCUCUCUCUCUCUCUCUCUCUCUCUCUCUGUCCCUUGCGUGUAGAAUAAGCUGCGUUCUUCACUUCUUGCACGGUCGAGAACAGUCCAGCCCUCAUUCAACGCAGCGUUGCUGUGAUUCACGAAAAUGAUAGUAUGUCGUUUCAGAAGUCUUCCAUGGCUCCAUCGAGCAGUCUACCUCAUACAUGGAUUCAUGGCGUCAUGGCGAUCAAAGUCUUUGUCCGCGGCGCCGGGGACACGGAACCGACGGUAUCUGGAGGGCUGUCGCCAUGGGUCUCGUGCCCCGCGUGCGGGGGGCGCGCCACUGCCACCGCAGAUGUCAUAGAAGCUUCUCCGCUGCCGCGCGGGAUCUUCUAAUUUUUAUUUUAUUCAGAUUUGCUCCUUGUUGAUCAAUUAAUAUUUUGUUGAUGCGUCCAUAGACGCUAUGAUCCGUCGGAUCGGAAA